CCAAAUAUUCAUAUGCUCAAUUCGUCCUACGGCACCUACUAACUCCUUGUCUGCUUCCGCGCGCCAUGAUCUGUGGCAGCGAAAUUCCGUGCCGGGUCUGAUAAAUUAUUCUGUACCCUUCGGAUCGACGUAGGGACAAACUGACACGCUAAUUCCUCUAUAAACAUGGAGGCCCAGAUCGAGAACAUGCACCAGUGAUACUGUCUGGAUCGUCAAGCUUUGUGCGGCGAAGAUGGUAGAUAUGAAGGCCGCGAUUUGCAUCGCUGCGGCAGUCUCACUGAUCCACGUCGUGUCGGCUGCCGAUUACACUAUCGGCAGUGCAGCCGGCGGCUGGGGCGGGGAGUACAAGGCCUGGGUUGCAUCGCAAACGUUUUCUCCUGGAGACACGCUAACAUUCAAGUACAGCUCGUACCACAACGUCGUCGAAGUGACCAAAGACGACUACGAAGCGUGCUCCGCGACCAGCCCUGUCUCCGCCGACAGCAGCGGCAGCACCACCAUCGUGCUCACGACGCCGGGGAAGCGCUAUUUCAUCUGCGGCGCGCCGGGGCACUGCCAGUCCGGAAUGAAGCUGGUGGUGGACGUCGCCGACCGCCCCGCACCCGCAACGCCCAGCCCACCGCCGUUGCUGCCACCUUCUCCACGACACAAGAGGCGGACUGCACCGGCGCCAAUGCCGUUGCCGCCAGCGCAAGCGCCAGUAUGGUCGCCGGCACCAGCACCCGCGGCGACGCAGCGAAGGCAUUCGGGGCACAAGAAGCACAGGAGCAGGCACCUUCCGCCUAAACCGGCGCCGGCGAUGGCUCCCACUGUGCAGUCCGUGGAGGCAGAUUUUCCGGCGGCGGCUUUCGCACCGAUGUCCUCACCACCUCCCCCGCCGCCGAUGUCGUCGGACGCUUCUGCCGUCGUGCGUCAAAAGUGGAGCGAUGUCAUAGUCGGCCUAGUAGCUCUUGGGCUAGUUGUUUUGGGUGUAUGAGUUGGGGAGAAGUUUUAGGCCAAGUCAUGGAUGAUGCUGAUUAUGUGCAUGCAUGUUAAUUUAGUCAAGUGUUAAGGUGUGAUUUGUUGAGUUGAGGAUUGUGUUUUUACAUGGUUUUCUAUGUGUUAAUUCUAAGUCCUUGAGUCCUGACGACUUGUGGAAUGAGAUUA